AUGCUUGUUGUAUUUGGUGAUGUUGUUGUUGUGCCUGUUGUAUUUGCCGAGGUUGUUGUGCUUGUUUUGCAAGUUGCUGAGAUUGCAACUGUUGUGGUAUUUGCUGUGGGGUUGAUUGAUGUGAUGCUGGUUGCUGCUGAAGUGGUUGUUGAGAUUGUGACUGUUGUAGUUGUAAAUCCAGUUUACUAUUUUGAGGAUAUGCACCGAGUCUUUCCUGGCCAGUCGAUGGUUAGGAACCGCUAUAUGACCAAAGAACUUCAUCAGACACAUAAUGAACUGGGUUCAACCCCUGAACAUUCUACGGUGGUGAACCGCUUGAAGUCUGGGUUGAAACAUCAAGGAAAUGUGGAUAGGUUCAAUCUGAACAUCAGACGCUGGUGGUACAAAAAAACCCUGAUACCAUUGGACACACCGCCUGCUGCCCCACAACUCACAGCUGCUGAACCUACGUCAGUGGAUGAAGGACAGUCCGUUACAUUACGGUGUACCUUGUCUACGCUGGGUAACCCUCACAUCACGUGGAGCUGGGUGUGUGGAUAUGACACACUGACCACUGGAGUGACCAAUACAGGGAUCCAGUCCGUGCUGAUAUUGACAGCCAACAGAAAGUACAACCAGAGAACGUGUCAGUGUAGAGCCACAAGUCCCAGACCGUCAUUGUCGUAUGACAGGACGUCAGCAACACAGACCAUCACUGUCUACUAUAACAACGUCAUCACAUCACACAUGAGUGCAGAAUAUGUCACCAGUGAACACGGACGACUUAAGAUAAAAUGUGAUAUGGAUGGAAAUCCGUUAUCUACUAUCACUUGGCUGUUUGUUCCAAACAACACUGUUGUAAAGAGAGACUCUAGUGUAAACAGUAGCUCACUUGACAUUACAUCAUCAAACUGCCAAGAUCACGGGGAUUACAGUGUUACAGCUGUGAAUGGAAAGGGUCCAGCUGCUGUCAGAACAAUCCAUGUAACGGUUAGAUGUAAACCCCGACUGCAUUACAUUGAUUCCCAAACUCCGGACAACAUUGUCAUAGGAUACUGCGACUCUCUUAAAAUUCUCGUGAAAAUUUUAUUAUACCCACCAUCGAAUCUAACGCAAUGGACUUUCAUAGGAAAAAACAAUUUGAGUAGGGUCAUUCAGAAUAAUACAGAUGGCUACAGAAUAGCAGACGCCAGGGGUGAAAAUGAACAAAACAUCACUCUACACAAAAUUAGGAUCAAUACUGAAGACUUUGGAAAUUACAUCAUAAUGGUUCAGAAUGAUGUUGGUACUUUCUACGGGAGCUAUCAAGUGGACACAGCAACACCACCAGUGAUACCUUCCAAUGUUACGCUGGACUGUGGCAAUCCCUCUUCUAUAACGAUAUCGUGGAUUUCUAACUUUAAUGGUGGAGAUAGUCAGACUUUUAAGAUUUCCUAUUCCACUGUUGGGAAUUCUACCUAUAAAGAUCUAGAUACCAUCAGUGACAAAGGAUAUGGCAGACGUCACAGUUACACUCCCAGUAUUGAUUUACGGAGGAGAGUUUGGUUUACAGUUACUGCCUCCAACAUGUUUGGAAAAUCUAGAUCAGAUGCUCUAUAUUGCACUGUUGCAAAAUUCCCAGAAUUACAGGAGAGCGUAGGGAAUCAGACCGGAGCAGCUGUUGGGAGUGUCGUUGGGAUCGUGGCCCUCAUCAUCAUUAUCCUAGUCCUUGUAAUCUUUCUCCGCAGGCGUUAUACAUUCAUAAUAAUUGGCUCUGAUCACUGGAACGCAAAUUUCCGGAGGAAGAAUAGGGUGUUAUGA